UUUCAAUUUCUUCUUCUCCUUUUUCAAAAUUUUCUCACCUCCGAGAUCUGAUCUGAUCGCCGGAAUUCAGAUGGCGAGGAAUAAACUUGUAAAUGGUAGUCAUGGGAUAUGGAAAUACUUCAACCCUGCGUUUUAUCUCCGAAGACCAAGACGUCUUGCUUUGCUCAUCAUUCUCUUCGUAUCUGUUUCCAUGGUGGUUUGGGAUCGUCAAUCUCUUUCCCGAGACUACCAGUUUGAAGUUUCCAAGUUAAAUGAAGAAGUUUUGCGGUUGCAGCAGAUGUUGGAAGAGAUAAAGAGCGUUACUGAGGAUGUGUCUGUCAAUAGUUUGAAGGAUGUUCAUGAAGAUCCAGUUGAUGCUCAGCGAAUGCAGAGAGUAAAAGAAGCAAUGAUUCAUGCUUGGAGUUCAUAUGAAAAGUAUGCUUGGGGACAAGAUGAGCUUCAGCCCCAGACAAAAGACGGCGUUGACAGCUUUGGUGGCCUGGGUGCAACUAUGAUCGAUGCAUUAGAUACACUCUAUAUAAUGGGUCUAGAUGAGCAGUUUCAGAAAGCCAGAGAGUGGGUAGCAAGCUCAUUAGAUUUCGACAAGGAUUAUGCUGCCAGUAUGUUUGAGACAACCAUAAGAGUGGUAGGAGGGCUUCUCAGUGCGUAUGAUCUAUCUGGGGAUAAAAUUUUCCUCGAAAAGGCUACGGAUAUUGCAGACAGAUUAUUGCCUGCAUGGGACACUCAAUCGGGUAUACCAUAUAAUAUUAUCAACUUGAAGCAUGGAAAUGCUCACAAUCCUACAUGGGCGGGGGGAGACAGUAUUCUUGCAGAUUCUGGUACUGAGCAGCUUGAAUUUAUUGCCCUUUCCCAGAGGACAGGGGACCCAAAAUAUCAGCAAAAGGUAGAAAAGGUUAUUUCAGUACUAAAUAAGAACUUCCCUGCUGAUGGUUUACUUCCGAUAUAUAUAAAUCCCGAUACAGCUAUUCCAUCGUACUCUACCAUAACAUUUGGUGCCAUGGGAGACAGCUUUUACGAAUAUUUGCUCAAAGUUUGGGUGUUUGGGAACAAAACUUCAGCAGUGAAACACUAUAGAGAUAUGUGGGAGAAAUCAAUGAAUGGUCUGCUAAGCUUGGUUAGGAAAUCUACACCGUCGUCGUUUACAUAUAUCUGUGAGAAGAAUGGAAAUUUGAUCGAUAAGAUGGAUGAAUUGGCAUGCUUUGCUCCCGGAAUGUUGGCUUUAGGAGCAUCUGGGUAUAGUGAUCCUGCUGAAGGAAAGAAGUUUCUCUCACUCGCCGAAGAGCUUGCAUGGACGUGUUAUAACUUCUACCAAUCAACACCAACAAAACUGGCUGGGGAGAAUUAUUUCUUCAACUCUGGGAGUGACAUGAGUGUUGGAACGUCGUGGAACAUCUUGAGACCAGAAACUGUCGAAUCACUGUUUUACCUCUGGCGGUUAACUGGCAACAAGACAUAUCAAGAGUGGGGAUGGAAUAUAUUUGAAGCAUUUGAGAAGAACUCGCGCAUAGAGUCUGGAUAUGUCGGUUUGAAGGAUGUUAAUACAGGCGUUAAGGACAACAAGAUGCAAAGCUUCUUCCUUGCUGAGACGCUCAAGUAUCUCUAUCUACUCUUCUCGCCCACAACAGUCAUUCCCUUAGACGAGUGGGUAUUCAACACAGAAGCUCACCCACUUAAGAUUAAACCCCGAAACGAUCAAGUAAAUCUCAAACAAUCCAACAAAGUACUGCUACGAAAACCGGCAUUUAGAAUACGCCAGAGGCAUUAUGGUCGGAUAACAAAGAAGUAAAACUCACUGGAGAGGUCACAGUGUGAAUCUUUGGAACCGGGCAUUCUGAUGUGUAGGAGGGCUCUAUGAAUAUAUCUUAACAGAGUAAUUGGAUUUAGCUUUGGCUAUUCAAAGACCCUUUUAUUUAAGAAACCAUUUUUGGAAAGAUUUCAAGAUAUAGACUAUUGUUGUACUAGUUGGGAUCAGAACCCAAACAGGUUACCACAGUUUACACCUUGUGUUUUGUAUCCUUAGAUUAUAAAUUAAGAGUAUUAUU